CCGGCGGCGGCGGCGGCGGCGGCGGGCAGGGCGGGUUCCGCUGAGGCGGCUCUGAGCGAGCGCGUUCCCCCCCCUCUCCCUUCUCCCUCUCGCCCGCCAUGUCCGAGGCGGCGGUGGCCGACACACGGCGCCUCAACUCCAAGCCGCAGGACCUGACCGACGCCUACGGGCCGCCCAGCAACUUCCUGGAGAUCGACAUCUUCAACCCGCAGACCGUGGGCGUCGGGAGGGCCCGAUACACCAGCUACGAGCUCCGCAUGAGGACAAACCUGCCUAUCUUCAAGCUGAAAGAGUCCUGUGUGAGGCGACGAUACAGUGACUUUGAGUGGUUGAAGAAUGAGCUGGAGCGUGACAGUAAGAUUGUAGUGCCUCCACUGCCGGGGAAAGCCUUGAAACGCCAGCUCCCUUUCCGAGGAGACGAGGGCAUCUUUGAGGAGUCCUUCAUAGAAGAAAGAAGACAGGGCUUAGAACAGUUCAUAAACAAAAUCGCUGGACACCCGCUGGCACAGAACGAGCGCUGCUUACACAUGUUCUUACAAGAGGAGAUCAUUGAUAGGAAUUAUGUCCCAGGAAAAGUCCGCCAGUAGGGGAGUCUGGUGUCCUCCAUUUUCCUCUCCCCCCUGCAAAAAUGACAUUUAUUUUUACACUGUCUCUUCCAAACCAGCUUUUUUCUCUCUGAACUUCUCCACUUGUCCGGUGUAACCCGCCACACAGUCCCCUUCCCUCCCUGCCCUCCCUUGUCAGGCAGCAGUGUUGAGUUCUGUUGGUCUUUGGUCUCUGCGUAGAAGGUGCGAAGCAGUGAAGAAAUGUACCUGUGGUUCAGAGGUUGCUGGGAAACAGGGUAAGGUUUGCAGCCUGCUUCCGGGUUGUCCGUCUCUUUCGGCAAGGAUGUGGAAAGCUUUUGAGCCCAUGCAUGUGUAUCUAAGGAGAUGGCCUUUUGAGCGUUCUGCCUCAGCUGCUGUGGAAAUUGUACAGUCCAUUCACAUAUGUGUCCUUCACCCGAGAAUGGUUAAAAGUGAGACUGGAAAGCCACAGGCUUCUCUCCCCUACCUGGUGGAUCUGGCAGAGCAGACAUAGCUUGAAAACUGCUUUUAGCAAGCAGCAUAUUCCUUUGUGGGAAUUGACAAGUGGUUGUUGAGCUUGGAUCCAGACUUUUAUGUCCCCACUGAUAUGUUUCCAAGUUUUAGCUGCUAUCCUAUCCUAAGGAUCUUUUAAGUUUCUGGAGAGGAGGAAGCAGGCAGGACGUCCUGUUUGAAGUACAUGGCACCUUGGGUAGUUGCUACUUCCACGAAUUAGGAGACUUCUCAAAUGAAUAGGCAAAACAGUUUGGUUCUUCAGAAGUGGAAUCCUGUUGAGUGCUCGCCAGAGGAAGCCUCCCGGGAUUCCCGGGCUGAUUCUUGUUUGCAAAGGCUGCAGGGCCGUGUUUCUCCAGGCAAGUGGAGAAUUUGGUGAUUUAGAACCUUGUAAAGUGUAACGAGUAGCCUAGGCUUCAAGAUACUCAGCAGGUCAUUACUAAUAUGACUGAGAGAAGCCUUCCUCUGGGCUCAGGCCUGUAUCCCCCUAAGGUCACCGUGCAAAGUCCUCUGUAAUAUGUUUAAUAUUUAAUUUCUUGGGAAGUUCUAUGGAAGGAUGGGUUCCAAGGGGAAAGGGGCAUUUCGGUUGAUUUGAACAAAGGACUGUCUUAGUUCUCCAAGCUGUGUUUUGCAUGUGUACAUGGGAAGGGUGAGUAUGGGGUAGCUUCAAAGUUUUCCAUUCUGCACCUUCCACUACUUUGAGUGGGUCGGAAAGCAUGUCAUGGAGGGGAGAAAUUGUACAUGCAAUCCUGCAUAUGUUUUUUUUUUGGGGGGGGGCUAGAUGUAGUACCAGCACUGCCCAUCUGUGGGAUAAGUGGAUAGCAGAAAACACUCUCCUGGGCUGCCAAAGCAACUAUUUUGAAGAGGUUGUCUGCCCCAAGGAACUAUCCCCCACUGCUUGGAGAGGUACUAACCUUCCUGUUUGAAGCAGUCUUGCUGCUGCCUGAUGAACCUCCUUCUUCAGCUAUGGGUUUUUAAAACCCCUUCCUUUAUUUGGUGCACAGCUCUGAAGAUCAAAGGCUCUUGCUGCUGUACAUAUAUAUAUUCCAAUGUGGGGCUUUAUAAUUCAGCAAACUUCGUCUUCAGUUGACUGUCUAAUGUAAUGUCCAAGACUUGUUCAUAUUAAACCACUGUGAAGCCAU